AUGGAAAAGGACGCCCAAAGAGAGGAGAACGUUGCAUUUUCAUCCAACUACAUCCAAUCCCCAAUGCGACAAGCUCAAGGUAUUAAUUUAGGAGGCGUCAACUUCAACAUUUGGCACAUUAAAAACCGUGAAACCUUUAUCUUCAAGAGUAAAAGCACUGUAAUACAAGUCUGCUCUGUAGCUCAAGGUAGCAUAUGGGUAUUCCUCGGAAUCGAGAAGUUUCGCAUAUCGAAAGGUGGGAUGUGGCGUAUUAGAGAAGGAGAGAUCUGCUCGGCCAAAAACCAAGAUGGUCAUGAGUGUGUCUUGCACAUCACCUCAAUUCCAAGUGCUUCUACAUUGGUAAAUCAGUGA